AUGGAGAAUUAUUCCACCAUCUUUUCAUCACUCAUCAUCUUCUUCUUCCUCAGCUUGCUCUCUUCUCUCCUCCUCAAAUGGCUACUCAAUUCUCAAACUUCCAACCAAAAGUAUAAAAUCAAUCUACCCCCUUCCCCUCCUAAGCUCCCAAUCAUCGGGCAUCUCCAUUGCUUCGGCAAGCACCCACAUCGCUCCCUUCUCUCCUUAUCCCGCAGUCAUGGCCCCAUCAUGCUCCUCAAACUAGGCAGCUCCUCCGCCGUCGUGAUCUCCUCUGCUGUCGCCGCCAGAGAGAUCAUGAAGACACACGACCUGGUAUUCUCCAGCCGCCCUGAUUCCAAGAUCAACCGCAAGCUCCUCUACAAUCUCAAAGAUGUGGCCGCGGCUCCAUAUGGAGAGUACUGGCGGCAGUUGAAAAGUAUAUGUGUUCUUCAGCUGUUGAGCACCCUAAAGGUCAAGUCUUUCCGGUCUGUACGGGAAGAAGAGGUCUUGUUGAUGGUUGAGAGAAUCGAGGAAGCGAAAAGGAAGAACAUCCUGGUGAAUCUUAGCGAGACUUUCUCGAAGAUAGCCAAUGAUGUUAUGUGUAGGGUUUCGUUGGGAAGGAAAUAUGACGAGGGGGAGGAUGGAAGGAGUUUCAGACGUCUGUUAAUGGAGUUUCUACAAUUGUUAGGGACGGUGAACGUUGGAGAUUUCUUGCCGUGGCUCGGUUGGAUCAAUAAAGUGAACGGACUGGACACCACCGUGAAUAGGGUUGCCAAAGAGAUGGACGAGUUCUUGGAGGAAGUGGUGAAGGAGAAGAUGAAAGAUCAUAGAGGUGAAAAGAGAGAAGAUUUUGUUGAUAUUCUAUUAGGGAUUUAUAUGAAACAAGAAGCUGGUGUAUCAAUGGAUAGAGAUAGUGUGAAAGCCAUCAUCUUGGAUAUAUUCGCAGCUGCAACCGAUACAUCAUCAACCGUUUUAGAGUGGGCGAUGACAGAACUAAUUAGACACCCCGAAGCAAUGAAGGAGUUGACGAAAGAGGUGCGUGAAGUUGGUAAUGGAAAAUUCAUGAUAACCGAAGACGACAUAGAAAACAUGCCAUAUUUGAGAGCGGUCAUCAAAGAAACCCUAAGAUAUCACACUCCCAUUCCCAUUCAUGUCCCAAGAGUAGCUAGGCAAGAUGUCAAUGUCAUGGGCUAUGACAUAACGGUUGGGACAAUCGUCUUCAUAAAUAGAUGGGCCAUAUGUAGAGAUCCACUAUCGUGGGAUGACCCGGAAGAGUUUAAGCCACCGAGGUUCCUCAACUCUUCGGUUGAUUACAAGGGACAGGAUUUCGAGUGGAUACCUUUUGGAGCCGGAAGGAGGGGUUGUCCAGGGAUUUCAUUUGGCAUCGCUACAAGUGAACUCACACUAGCUAACGUUGUUAACAAAUUCAACUGGGAGUUGCUUGAUGGGAAGAAUGGAAAGGACUUAGACGUUGAUGAAUGCAUUGGUGUCACGGUUCAUCGUAAAAAUCAUCUUAUAGUUCUUGCAACUUAA